AUGAAAUUUGAUAAAUUUAUUAAGAAACACAUUAAGACCGUCGGGAAAAACAAUGUUGUGGACGACAUAUUUACUUCAGCCUUAUUUUAUCAACAAAUAUUUGGACAGCAAAUAUUAGAUCCUAAUUGGACUUGGAAGAAAUAUUUUGUUCGUCAAAUGCUCAUGUUAUUUCUUUUCAUUUAUGUUUUCUUAGGCACGUUACAAUGUUUGAAAAUAAAUAACGAUGCGGAAUUGCUAGCUGAAGCCUGUUACACUAUUAUAAUGAUCGUAAUAUUUCCAUUGAAAAUGGGGCUUUUUAUAAAGAGUAGGUUGAUAUUUCGCAGUCUAUACGUAUCUACGAAAACUACCCUCGUGGAUGUUAUACGCAGCGAUAGUAGUGUAGACAUAGAAAGCAUAUUAAAAAAUGGGAAUAAAAUUGUGUUAACACUUUUUUUCAUGGUUAUAACACCUUGCUGUGUAUACGAAUUGACUACUUUAUGGAAUUAUAUAACUGGACAACGAACAUUACUUUCAAGAUCAACUAUGAUUUUAAUGCCGAUGACCACACCUUAUUUCGAAAUCGCCUGGUUCUUACACACGAUUUUUCUGUUUGAAAUAAGCAGUACGAUAAUAUUAGACAUGUGGUUUGUUGUUUUAAUCUACUUCAUGUGCUCCGCUUUGAAGAGCUUAGCUAAUAUGUUGAAACUCGAUGAGAAAAGUUAUCAUGAAAGUAAGGAAGGCUACGCUAAUCGUUUAGAAAAUGCGCUACGUACUUUCUACGGGACUCAUUUGAAGCUGAACAAGUUCUUAAUAACAUUAUGUGAAAUGUAUAAAAUUUCAGCUUUUAUACCUCUAUGCAAUGCAGCUAUCUGCAUUUGUUUGAUUUUGUUGCUCAUGAGCAAGGAAGUAAAUUGGCGAUUUGCGCCUCAUAUGCUGCCAAUGUUUGCGGAAAUUUUCGCUUACAAUUGGUUUGGGGAGCAGAUUAAAACGAAGAUGAACGAUGUGCGUUUGGCAUUAUUAUAUUUCGAUUGGAAUAAUUUGAGGGCUAAGGAUAAGAAAUCUUAUUAUAUCAUGAUGACUUAUAUGACGAAAGAUUUUGGUAUCAAGACAAUAAGCGGGAAAGAUUUGUCUUUAAUAACUAUGACCGCAGUUUUAAAGAUAAGUUAUCAAGCAUUUACAGUGCUUCAGACAAUAGACGGAUAA